UCCUAAUUAUCAACUUGUGCAUAUUGACAAGUAGAUAUGGCUUAUUAUUGGUCAUUCCAAGCUUCGCUCCUCUUUCUCCUUUUCUUUGUGGCCACCUCUCAGGCUCAGGCAAGAGACUUCACCACUCACCUCCAUUUCUUCGUCCACGAGAACGACAACAGCCCCAACGCUACCGCUAUCACCGUCGUAAACUCCACCACUAGCAACCCCGGCGGCUUUGGCAGCAUUGGGGUCUUCGACGACGAACUACGAGAAGGCUCGACUGCCGACUCGAAGCUCAUUGGGCGGGCCCAAGGCAUAGCUCCCGAGGUGUCGCUUAGCAGCCAGAUGGCUUGGCUCGGACUGCUCAACUUCGUCUUUACGGACGGAGAGUACAACGGUAGCUCACUCGCGGUGGUGUGUCGGGCGACGCUCGAGGGAGCCACCGAGCGUAGCAUCGUCGGCGGCACUGGAAAAUUUCGAAUGGCGAGGGGCUACGCCAUUACUACAUUCGUGAGUGGUGCUCCGGCGGGACACUUUAUCGUCGAGUACAAUGCUUAUGUCGCCCAUUAAUCGAUCGUCUCUUCUUUUCUCAAUGGAGUGAAAAUGAAAUGUCCUCAAUUUCUCGUGAGCAUGUUUACAUUAUCGAGUUAUUAAUAAUAAAAUGGA